AUGUCUGUGCUGGACCCAACCUGUGGCUGCUCCCCACAGUGGCCCCUGGAGCCCCCACCUGACCCCCGCACCUGGACCCCACCUGACCCCAGGACCUGGUCCCCACCUGACCCCAGUGCCUGGCCCCCACCUGACCCCAGCGCCUGGCCCCCACCUGACCCCAGGGCCUGGCCCCCACCUGACCCCAGCUCCUGGCCCCCACCUGACCCCAGGGCCUGGCCCCCACCUGACCCCAGCGCCUGGCCCCCACCUGACCCCAGCGCCUGGCCCCCACCUGACCCCAGCGCCUGGCUCCCACCUGACCCUAGGAUCUGGCCCCACCUGACCCCAGUGCCUGGCCCCCACCUGACCCCAGUGCCUGGCCCCCACCUGACCCCAGCACUUGGCCCCCACAUGACCCCAGGGCCUGGCCCCCACCUGACCCCAGUGCCUGGCCCCCACCUGACCCCAGCUCCUGGCCCCCACCUGACCCCAGCGCCUGGCCCCCACCUGACCCCAGCGCCUGGCCCCCACCUGACCCCAGCGCCUGGCCCCCACCUGACCCCAGCACUUGGCCCCCACAUGACCCCAGGACCUGGUCCCAACCUGACACCAGGUUCUGUUCCCCACCUGACCCCAGCGCCUGGGCCUCCACCUGACCCCAAGGCCUGGGCCCACCUGACCCCAAGGCCUAGCCCCCACCUGACCCCAAGGCCUAGCCCCCACCUGACCCAGCCCCUGGCCCCAGGGGAUCUGGCCCCCACUUGA